UUCAGGGGCAGGGCCAGCUCGGGCCACCGCCCCUACCCAUUAUGACCUCCCUGGCUGUGCCAGGGCCUUUGUGACAGGAGUCACUGAGGAGGACCCGUAAACUGUGACACCAGAGGGCCCUCAGCAAGAGGGUGGCAGCUUGGCCCAGGCCAGAGCCUGGACCUGGGGUCAGGACGGGGUCACAGGGAGGGAUGGAGGGGCCGAAAACCCUGAACCCCUGUGGCCACCCCCAUCCCCAGUGCCCUCAGGCCCCACCUUCUAGCAGUCAUGGAGGAUGCCUGGACCGGCCCUGCCAGGGCUUUGUAAGGUGGCCCUGCCUGGUGCCCCUCUCUUCCACUCACUCCAUGGAGUUGACAAGGCCUUUCCCCACACUGGGAGCAGGGGGUGGGGGGCCCAGAGUAGGGGGUGAGGCACCCGGGAGCUUUAUUUCAAAUGAUGAGGGAGAGAUGCAGGGACAGAGACCAAGAAACCCAGAGGGAGUGAGACAGGGGCAAGUGGAGGCAGGGCUGCAGUGGGGCUGGCACAUGCAGGCUGGGCGAGAGCAGGGGCCGCCCAGGCAGGGGGUGCCUACUAGCCCAGGGUCCAGAGUCUGCCAGGACCGGUCCCUUAUACAGAGGCCAGGGACCCCAGCAGAGCAGUCCUUCUUCCAGCUGGAACAAGAGAACCAGAAUCUGAAAAGGCAGAACCAGGAUCUGCGGGAGCAGCUAGGGGCCUUCCUGGGACCGGGGCAGCAGUUCCUACCCCUGUGCACUGAGCACUCAAGCUGCACCGGCCUGGCCUGGUGCCCAGAACAAGCUGGCUCCCGGGCCCUGGAGGACAGGGCACCUGUGCAGCUGCUGCAGCAGGAGCUAUGUCGGGGAGAGGAGUCCUUCGUGCAGCAGUCGCAGAAUGAGCUGCAGCAGAUCCGGCUAUCCUUUGAGAGAAAGAAGAUGGCCAUUACUGAGGUGUGGGAUGGAGUGGCAGAGGUACACAUGGCCCUGAACAACCAGGCCACCGGGCUUCUGAACCUCAAGAAAGACAUCCGGGGUGUGCUAGACCAAAUGGAGGACAUUCAGCUGGAGAUUAUGGGGGAGCGUGCUGAGUGCCGCACCCAGGCCAGGAAGGAGCAGCAGCUGGCGUGCGUGGCAGCUGCUGGCCCUGAGGCUGCUGCUGGGCUCCCUGUUGGCCUGCACCGCUGCCUACGUGUACGUGGUGGACCCCGCGCCCUUCGAGGGCUUGGUGCCGCCCCUGCUGAGCCGUGCCGCAGUCUGGAAGCUGCGGGCCCUACUGGGCCCGUUCCUGCGCCUCGAGGUGGACGACUUCCUGCCCUUCUAGGCCGGAUGCUCAGCGGCCCCAGCAAGGAGGAGGCCAGGCGGCUGGCACUGCCCCGAGUGCUCGGCAGCCACACCAGCCCCCGCCCGUGGCCCUGCCACCCAGCAUCCCCGCCUGGAGCUGCGGAGAAGGGUGGAGGCGGGGUCUGUCCUGAGGGCUGGGCCUGCAGCUGGACAUAUAGUCGUGACACACUCUGCGUGUGAGCUUGUUUCCAUGGAAACGAAGGUGGGGUUGCUGCCUCCUGAAGCCCAUCUCCUAGCGGUGUGUGUGGGGUACCCUUAGGGCCAUACUACCCUCCUCCCUUCUAUGAUCUGUCCACCAACUGGACAGCAGCAGCUCUACAGAAAGUCCCCAGUCUGACCACAGAGGGCUCUAAGCAGGAAAAGCAGCUGGGGACAAUGUAAUGAUUGUGCAAAUGGACUCUCAUGCCUGAGGCUCCAAAGUCCCAGGUUCAGACCCUAGUACCACCAUAAACACACACACACACACACACACACAGAGAGAGAGAGAGAGAGAGAGAGAGAGAAGAAAACAAGGGAGGGAGGUCCCUAGGCCUCACCCUAGGGUCAGCCCCACAUAUCCCCUCCCCUCACCUCCCAAGAACUUCAGGUCAAGGACUCAGUCCUCAAUUUCUUGACCUACUGAACUCACACCUCUCCUUCAAGUUGCCCUCAGUCUGACCCACAGCCUACCCACAGCCCCCAGCCCCCAUCCCCUGUCCCUGCCUCCAAUCCCCAGGUCCCUGCCAGUCCAGCCUGCUAACAUUGUCCCAAGGCUCGGAGGAUUUGGAGGGAGUAGGGUGUGGGGGACACAUUGGUGGACAGAGACAUAAAGGU